AUGCACCUUAAAUAUUUCCUUCUUCUGAUAAGUAUAACAAAUGCUAUGUUGUGUAUUCGUCUAAAAACGUACGGCAAAAGUAAAAACAUAAAAACGAGUAACACGGGAAGGCAUAAUUUGAUAAGAGGACACAUGAAAGGAAAAGGAAUAUUAAAAAAAAAAUUUUUUUUAAGUAAGUCGAAUAACUGUCGAAGGACAAUUCUUUCCAAAUAUUAUAUGAACAGUAAAUACAAUAAUGAAGUAGGAAAAGGGCAAAAGGAUAUAGUAGAUGAAGAAGACAUUUCAACCUUUGAUGAAUAUUUCAAUAAAAAGGCUGAAGAAAAUUAUACUAAAUUAGAAGCAGAAAAAUUAAAAAUACUUAAAGAAAAUGUUAGUACUUACAAAGAAGAAAUUAGAAAAAUAUUGCGAAAGAGCUAUAAAGAUGAAUAUAAAAAACUGAUAAAAGAGGAAGAAGAGGAUAAUAACGUAAGUCAGAAAGUUCAUGAAAACCUUAAAAUAACUUUUCUCAUGAAAGAAAAUAUUAACAAUUUUUUAUUUACACAAUAUAGUUAUAUGAUAAACAAAUUGAAAGAGAGGUCUGUCAUACUGAAAAGUAUGAGAAAUUUUUACAAAAAGGGGGAUAGCAGCACCGGUGAGGGGCACAUCGCCAUGGGGGAGGGGAAAUCGGAAGAAAGGAGCAGUGGGGAUAUAGGCGAUAUUAGAGAUGCUGAUGGAAAUGCGGAUGGAGAUGCAAAUGCUGAUAGAGGGGAAGAUGCCGAUGAAGGGGCAAAUGAAUACCCUCAAUUAGGCAAGCUCAUACAGGGAAAAAACAGCAGCAGUUCUAAUGGAGAUCCACUCAUAGAAAAUGUAAAUUUUUUUAAACCUGAAAAAAAUUAUGCACAGGCAAGAAAAUGCAGCACAUUUAGUGAACAAAUGUUUGCGAAUACGAAAAUAGAGAGUGCCAAAUUAUUACUGGAUAUAAAAGAGGAAAAGGAUAAAAUAACAAAAGAAGAUCUCAUAUCAGAUGAUGAAGAAGAAGGAAAAAAAUUAUUUUCAAAAAAUAAUAUUUCAGCAUUACAAUUAUUUAAAGAAAAUGUAAAAAGUUGUUUACAUUAUAAAAAUGAAAAUAUCAUAACAGGUAAUUUAAAUGAAGAUAUAUUAUGUGGUAGAGUUAAAGUACACUGGUUCCCAAAAUUUAUGAAACGUGUAAUUACAAAAAUACCUGAGUAUAUAAAAAUGAGUGAUAUAAUUAUAGAAGUAAGGAAUGGUAUCAUUCCUUUUGUAUUUGAUGAUUUGUAUGCUCUUAAUAUGUUCGAUAUUCAUACAAAUAAACCAAAGAUUAUCGUAUACACAAAUUGUGAUAGGUCUUCUCUGAAAGGUAAUGAAGAAUGGGGGAAUUACUACCGACGUAAAUUAUAUUGGUAUGAUAAGAAGUUUAAUAAAAAUAUUAAUAAAGAAUAUAUGAUGAAUCAAAUGAAAAAGAGUGCAGUAAUAUUUGUAGAUGCUAAAAAUGGAAAAAAAGAAAUUAUUGUUUUAAAAAAACUAAUUAAUAGAUUAUGUCAACAUAUAAUUGAAAGUAAGAAAAAAAAAGGUUUAUACAAUUAUAAAGUCAAAUGCAUUUUUUUAGGUUUACCUAAUGUAGGUAAAUCAGCUUUAAUUAAUCGUAUAUUAGAACUUAAAAAAACGAAAUCUUAUGAUCACCCAGGAUUAACUACUAAUAUUAAUAUGUAUGCUACAAAAAAAUAUGAACUUAUAGACACUCCGGGUAUUCUAUCACAAAAUUUAUACAAGUUGAGAGAAAAACAAUAUAAUAAAAAUAAUAUGAUUUUAGAAAAAAUUUAUAAUUGUAACAAUUCAAAUGAUUAUUCAAUUGAUAAUGUAGUUAAUAUUAAAAAUUAUAACAGUUACAUGCACGUAGAAAAUAAUAUCUAUCUUUUAGCUCUAUGUAAUCAUAUAUCCCCUAAAAUGUAUGAUAUAUAUAAUAUUGCUGAAGUUUUAAUGCAAAAUUUGUAUAAUGCCUAUCUAUAUGAUAAUGAAUAUAUAGACUUGCAAAAAAUUAUAAAAAGAUACCAAAUUAACUUUACAGAAUGCGUAAAUUGUGAAGGCAAAUUUUCUCCUUACCAUUUCAUUCAAAAGUUAGCAAGAGAUAGAUUUCACAAUGAUAUAAACCAAGCCUCAAUGCGGUUAGUAACUGACUUUAGGAAAAAUUAUCUUGGCAGGCUUACCCUCAAUUAUCCCCUCUACUUCAACAGAAGGUCGAUAACACUCCGUGUAUCCCGGGAGUUCGUGCGCCAGCAGAGUGACAAAUAUGUAGGCUGGUGA